AUGGCACCAACCACAAAGUCUUCCAAGGGCAAGGGCAAGGUCACCCACAAGUUCAUCAUCAACGCCUCGCAACCGGCCAGCGACAAGAUCUUCGACAUCUCCGCCUUCGAGAAGUUCCUCCAGGACAAGAUCAAGGUCGACGGUCGCGUGGGCAACCUCGGCGACGUCGUUCAGAUCUCUCAGGUCGGGGAUGGAAAAAUUGAGGUGAUUGCGCACACCCAGUUCUCGGGUCGCUACCUCAAGUACUUGUAUGCUGUCCCUUUUCUUCUCCACGCUCCCCUGCACAUCCCAUCAAGACGAGAGGAUUCUGCUGCAAUGCACACGAAUAUAGGGGUUGGUGCUGAUGUGUACGAUGACAGGACCAAGAAGUUCCUCAAGAAACAGCAACUCCGCGACUGGCUCCGCGUCGUCUCGACCUCCAAGGGUGUUUACGAGCUCCGCUUCUUCAACGUCGUUAACGAUGCUGAUGAGGACGAUGACGAGUAA